GCACAUUUGGACCCUGGCCGAGUUUCAUGCUAAGUGUUAUUGACUCAUCUUAAUAGUGUACUUGAUCUACGUAAACUAAUGAACUGAAGUACUUAUAAAUACAUAUCACUGCCAUUAUAAAUAAUGAAAUCGGUAACACUUUAUUUUAAGGUGUCCUAGUUACAAAUGUUGCAUGUACCCUACUUACUAUUAUAAUAACAAUAAAUAAUGCAUAAUUACUUGUAUAUACCAUAUAUACCUCUAACCACAUAGUAAGAAAUCCUACAUGUAGUGAAGAAAUAUUACUCAGUACUUAAAUGUAUAAUUACACUGUAACAAGGACACUUUAAAAUAAAGGGUAAACAUGAAAUCAUAUUUCAUAAGGUAGUCACGAAUUGCCAUUAGCUUAUGUAUAAUAAAGACGACUCUCAUAAAAUAGUGCCCACAUGAAAAUGCUUCUAUUUGUUCUAAUUUUAUAUUUUUAUUAUAAAUUGCGAUAAUAACAAUUGAAGGACAAUGUUGAAAUGGAAAAUUACAUGAGUUUCAAAAUGUUUUAGUAUUUGCUAUCAUAUGCUUUAAUGUCAGAGCGGUGUCUUGAGCUGUGUAAACUCCACAUCUGUGUAAAAUUUUAUGAGCAUAUUAUCCCACAUAAUUUGUCAAUUAUCCAAAUAGCAUUUUAUGCUUCAAUAACAAUUUUAUGCGAUAAUAAAAAUUGAAGGACAAUGUUGAAAUGGAAAAUUACAUGAGUUUCAAAAUGUUUUAGUAUUUGCUAUCAUGUGCUUUAAUGUCAGAGCGGUGUCUUGAGCUGUGUAAACUCCACAUCUGUGUAAAAUUUAAUGAGCAUAUUAUCCCACAUAAUUUGUCAAUUAUCCAAAUAGCAUUUUAUGCUUCAAUGGAAGCAAGAACAUCUGACCUUUAGUAAAAGGAGUUCACGUGGUCAAUAGACCUUAGUCAGGGCAGGGCCACAUUUAAAUUUUGACAGGAAUGAAAACGAGGCUGUGAGUGAUAGAUGUAGCUACAGAGAAUUCAGUGGACUGUACUGUUUUUCAACAACAUACUGAGUGUUCAGAUGUCAAAGCGUCUUCCCGAAUAAAAACUUUUAAUAGACAAAAUUUCAGUAGACAAAAAUAUUGCAAAAAAAUGCGCCUUUGUAAAAACCGCGUUAAAUUCAAUAUGGCGUCUAAUCUAAUUAAAGUUAAUCCCACAAAUUUGUUUACGAAUUGGUUGCCUGUUUUAAACAUUUUCUAGAAUGUUCAGUUUUUUCCCCCAAGGAAAAUUAAAUUUGGAAUCCCAGAUUUUCAGUGUUGUGAACUCCACUGUAAGCAUAUAAUAAUGGAUGUUUAUGAUGCUCUAGACCAAGGGUGUCUUGUAUGAAGCUUGGUGGUGCACAUGAUUAAGCACAGUAGAUUAACACACUAAGCCUUUUGCUGAAGUGGUCCCACUUCCCACAAUACUGCACGGUUAAUGGCUAUAACCCCACUGUUUAAUAAUGCAGUUUAAAACUUUUUUUUUUCCUGAACAGUGACAGCAAUGCACACAUGCAGCUAGUAAAAGACUGCAUAUAAAAAAAAGAGAAAAGAAAUCGAUAAUUACAUCUGCUUAUUGAUAUAUACUGAUGCUUUGCAAUGCAGCAUUCACAUGAUGUCGCCUAGUGGUUGAAAUACAGAAGCGCUCCCUCCAGAGGCCACCUUGCCUAUACUAUUUUAUUAGGUGAAGAAGGAUAAGGGGUUGGAUGUGUAUAAUGACUUCUUUCUUUCUUUCUUUCUUUCUUUCUUUUUAAGAAAAUUUCUUUACAGAGCUGUCCAUUUCAAUAUCUUUAUCUCUGUGAUUGCAAAUAUGUAAAUUCAGUAUUUAAGAUAUAAUAGUACACAACUAAAAGUAACAAUAUAAUUAGCCUAUAAUAGUGAAAAUCCAGAUACGCACUUCAUGAAAGUGAAACAACAUAAUUUCGCAUGAAGAGAGAAAAAGAAAUCGAGUGUGAUAAAGAAAGACGAUAAUAGAAAGAAAAAGAAAAUAUGCGUGCAUGCUGCUGCACAAUUCUGGCGUAAAGGAUAGGCUAAUCAUGUCUAAAGGAGAGACUUUACUUCUGACCAGAAGUGUCUCACUUUACAAUUUUUUGCAUUAGCCUAUUUAUGAACUUUUCAAUAUGAAUCGGAAUGCUAUGGAUACAUAAAAUAAACAAAACUAAAAAAUGUAAGCAUUUUGAUCUGAUGACCUUGCGUAAAAAUAGCACCUUAUAGCUAUUAUGAAAGAUUACAAACAGUAUUUUGAUUACAACACUUGAAUUGCCACGUUAAAUGGAUUCACUGUAUUUUCAAGAAAAACAUUAUGAACUAAAAUUCUAAACAAUUUCCUGACGAUGGUGAAUAACCUAUUAACGAUUCACCACUGUUUUAUCGUCGAAUUAUAACAUGGCAAAAAACACGUGAAGAAACGUUUUCUAUUUUUCUAUUACAACAUCACAAGUAAAAUGGGAAAACUUUGUGCCAAGUAUUAUGCAUUUAAAAGGCCAUUUAAAACUAAAACUGUUUGAACUAGCCUACAUAUUUUAUAUGUAGCCUAUAGCCUAUAUUGCAUCAGCGCAAAUAUUUACGAUAUUUUCACGCUCCUCCAAUUCUUGGAGGACAUUUUUGCGGACGUCUUAUAAAGGCCCCAGUCUCUUAAGUUUACAUUUUAAAAGAAAAUUAUUAAUUGAUGAAGGUGAUGUGCUAUUCUUUGAUAAGCAUCCAUCUUUUUUUCGGACUUAUUCAGAUUUAUUAUGGCAAGAGUUUCGUGAAUUUUUUGCAAGUUUAAAUUUAAUCAAAUGUCUCCAAUGUAAUUUAAUUAUAGAACAUAUUUCUUUGAUAAGCUGAUAGACUGUAGACAAGAAUGUCGGUUAAACAUAAUGGGUCAGUAACAAAUGAAGUUCGAGACUAUUAUAAAAUCUUGCAGAAAUCAAAUGCAAAAAAAAAAAAACCACGUUGACCAAGACCUACAAAACAUUUUUGGUUCAGAAAUGGAAACAUCGUUAGCCUAAAGAAGAAGUGUAGCCUAUCUAUUCAAAUCAUUUUUGUACGAAUGGCUUUUUAAAAAUGUAUUUUAGAAUAAUUCAAUAUAUCCGCCCAUACAGCAUCUCUGAUGCAGUUUUAAAACUAAACUUAUUCAAAUGAUCGAAGACGUUUGUACAAGUUAAAUGUUUUGACUAUGUGUUUUCCCUUUAUUUACAGAGGGUGCCCAAGCAUGCUCAGGAGGAGGUGUGGCGUUGUGCUAGACCUCCUUAAACUCAGAUGUCUAUGUUCCUGAUUCAGAGCUCAGUUGGUGCGGUAAGAACAGAAACAGGCUGCCCUUACUGGGCGGAUCAGACUUCUCACUCCAGCUGCGUGGACGGGACCACACAUUUCGGAACUCGCCAACAGAAAAGAAAGCAAUUUCACUCGUGUUUUAAGAUCGAGCAUCAGUCAGAGACUUCAUUACAUAUUUCGAAAGUUCUCCACAACCUUGAGGAUGUUUUUUUUUAAUGAUCGCAUCUAAAAAUCUGAAUGGACGUUUAUGCCUCGGUGCUUCACAAGGACAUCUGAAUCCUCAAUGUGACCUCAAGGUUUCUACAGGCUUCCAGGAGGUUCGGAGAACAUCUGCUACAUUUAAACUAUAAUAAUGCAACAUCCUUUGGAGAUUGGGGCGCACUUCUACCCCCCGGAUGGCUAUCCAGACCAAAGGUCUCACAGGUACAGGAGUUUCAUGAUUGAAGAGAUUCUUACAGACCAUCCGGAUCACAAGGUAUCGAGUCCCACUGGAGACCUUCUAAAAUUUGGAGUACAUGCCCUUUUGUCCGCCAGACCAUACCACAACCACUUAGUCCUGAAAGCAGACCAGACCAGUAUCCUGAAGUUUCCAGUGUCUCCUCUCUCCUGCUCGCUCGGGGCGCCGUUGGGCUCUGCGCUUCUGUCCGGCGCUGCGGGUCUGCAGGUGGGCCCUUCAUCCCAUCAUCUCCCGCUGGACCUCCAUCUUCGGGGAAAACUCGACCCUGGCGCUGAUGCAGUGAGCAAGACUAAGAAAGGAAGAAGGAGUAGAACUGUGUUUACCGAACUACAGCUGAUGGGCUUGGAAAAACGAUUUGAGAAACAGAAGUAUCUCUCAACUCCUGACAGAAUAGACCUAGCAGAGUCUCUAGGCCUGAGUCAGCUUCAAGUCAAAACGUGGUAUCAAAACAGAAGAAUGAAAUGGAAAAAAAUCGUGUUGCAAGGAGGAGGACUAGAGUCUCCGACCAAACCCAAGGGCCGUCCAAAAAAGAACUCCAUCCCCACCAGCGAGCAGCUGUCGGAGCAGGAGAGGACACGAGAAGCCGACCACUUAUCCGACGGCGGUGCUUCUUCACUUUCUGAUGCAAACCAAGAGGAGUAAACGACAACAUCCGUGCGAAUAUGUUUGUCUCCUGGACGCGAACGGGCCUAUAAUCGGCCUCUUUGGAUCAAUGUGCACCGAUGCAUUUAUGUUGGCACUUACAGACCUAACCACUUGGCCUGAUUUUAUACUACCUAUGUUUUGUCUGUUUGUUUGAUUACGCCAACUUUUGCGGGCCUUGAAAAGUCAUAGUGAACUUUUUCCAGGGACCAGAACGGUGGUUUGUAGUGAAUGGUCUUUUUCUCAGCAUUGACGGCUGUGGUAUCAUGGACAUUUUAUCGGCAUAUAUUGUGCUUUUUUACGCUUUCCAUUGGUAUUUCAAAAAUAUUCUAAAAAAAUUAAAAUGUAAAUUUUUCG